AUGGACUGUAUUACACUCACUGGAAAGCUCGAAUGGAAACUUUCAUCAAAUCUUAUGAUGUCAAAGUAUGGCGAACCAGAAAAGAAACUAGAAGGACAUGUAUCUACUGAACCCCUUGAUAUUGAUGAUUAUACUGAUGAGCAUAUAGCGAUCGUGCAGAUAAAUUCAAAGGCAAAAAAUCUAUUAUACAAUGCUAUAAGCGGAGAAGAAUUUGAGAAAAUAUCAAGUUGUGACACAGCCAAAGAAAUGUGGGAUAAACUUGAAGUUACUUAUGAAGGUAUCAGUAAAGUAAAAGAGACAAGGAUAAACCGUCUGAUUCGUGAUUAUGAGUUGUUUGAAAUGAAGGAAGAUGAAUCCAUUAAAGACAUGUUUGGCCGAUUUAGCAAAAUAGCUGGAGAUCUAAAAUCCUUUGGAAGACCAUAUUCAAGUGGUGAACAAGUUAGAAAGAUUCUAAGAAGUUUACCCACUUUAUGGCAACCAAAAGUUGUUGCUCUUGAAUACGGAGAUCUCGACAAACUAUCAUAUGAUGAACUUCGUGGAGACCUUAAAGCCUUUGAGCAAACCCAUCUCAAAAAGCAUGAACAUGAAGAGAAGAAAAAGAGUGUUGUAUCUAAAUCAACUAUUGUUGAGUCUGAAAGUGAAGCCGAAGAAGAAGGAGACAAACAUCAAGAUGAUAUUGCAUUAUUUUCUCGAGUUGUCUCUAACACGACACGAAGAAGCAAGAAAAAUGGAAGAGUCAAUUCAAGUUUUAGAAAAGGUAAUGAAAUAAGUGAGCAGAAAAACAAUGAAAGAAAAUGCUACAAAUACGGAAAUUAUGGUCACAUCCAAACCAACUGUGCAGAACUAAAAAGGAAACUAUCCAAAGGCAAUCGAAAGAGAAAAUCUUCCAGCGUAUGGAGUGAUGAAUAUAUGCCAGAUAAAAAUCAUAAUGGAGUUGCCAACCUUUGUUUCAUGGCACGAAGUGAGACAAGUGAGAAAAGAAAAUCUUUUGGUAUCUGGAGUGAUGAAGAUAUAUCAGACAACGAUCAUGAGGAAUCUAUAAGCAAUUGCAUCAUGGCCCUAAGUGAAACAAGUGAGGUAAGAUUUUAUGAUUGUGAUAAAUGUAAUGAACUUCAAAGUAUCGUAGAACAUGCUUUAGAAGAUAUGAGAAAAAUUCUUGAUGAGCUCAUGAAGACUAAACGGGAGAAGAAAAACUUGGAGACCCAACUUGAAGAAUAUAACAAGUUGAAAAAGGAAAAGGAAGAGUGGGAUAUUCUACUCGAAGAAUAUCAGGUUGAAAAUGACUUACUUUAA